AUGAAUAAUUAUGCUCAAUAUCUUGAGAAGAAAGAUACUGUUAUGGGCAACGCAGCGAGCGGCUUCAAUAGAAAGGGUCCCAUGCGUGCUCCUGCCCAUCUGCGAGCUACUGUGCGAUGGGACUACCAGCCGGAUAUUUGCAAGGACUAUAAAGAAACAGGCUUCUGCAGUUUCGGCGACAGUUGCAAAUUCUUGCACGAUCGGUCAGAUUACAAGCACGGCUGGCAGCUCGAGCAGGAAUUUAUUGAGGGCACCUAUGGAAUUGAGGGCAAUGAUGAUCGUUACGAAAUCAAAUCUGAUGGGGAUGAGGAUGACGAUCUACAUCUCCCUCUCAAAUGUAUCAUUUGUCGUGGGGACUUCAAGGAUCCAGUUGUGACGAAUUGUAAGCACUUCUUCUGUUCUGCGUGCGCAUUGAAGCGGUUGAAGAAGACGACUCGAUGCUACGCCUGCACUGAAGAUACAAAAGGCGUCUUUAAGAUGGCCAGGGACCUUCUUUCCCGCAUUGCCGCCAUUAAGGCCAAACAGAAGCAUCGAGGGGAGCUGGAAGUAGAUGAGGACGGGAUAGCGGUAGCCGAAGGAAAUCACGAGGGUCACCAUGGUGAAAGUUGUUGUUCUCACUCGCACUCGAUUGAAAACACCCAUGGCGAACAUUAUAUUAGCUCUUCCGAUCUGGAAGACGAUUCAGAUGAUGGCGGUAGACAGGAGUCAAAGGCAGCCACCACUUUUCCCACUCUUACUCGUCUAGAAGGAGCCAAACCCGAAGCUGAGGACUAUUACGCCAUAUUGGGAUGUGAGGCGACAGAGGAUGUGGCCAAGCUGAAAGCGGCGCUGCGAUCACAACAAUUGGAAUGUCACCCGGACAAAUGUCUAGAUCUUGCGGUAGAAGAGCAGGCAAGGCGACGAGCGCGCUUUGAGGCGUUGGGGCGCGCCUGGUGUGUACUUGGCGAUGUGGAGAGCAGACGGCGCUAUGAUGCUGCGAUGCGUCAGGCGCGUCUGCAGCAAGCUGCAUCCGCACCUCUCCACUGUAACAUUCCCUGGACCGAAUUCAAGGCUAGCCACGGAAAUGACGUCGGCAACGACAUCCACACUGUUAUUGACCCAGCUGAAAUCUAUUUCUCGCCCUGUCGAUGUGGUGGGGAAUUUACUCUCGAAGGCGUCGCUGCCCUCGCUCAAAUACCUUAUGCCUAUUGCUUUCAGUGCUCCCUCGUCGCUCUGGUCUCCUAUCCUCCCGUUGAAUCCAAUAAUAAUAUUCAGGAUUAA